GUCGUAAGAUACUUUCAGCUGAUGUUUCAGGAAAGGUGACCGUUCUCCGAGACACGCGUCUCUACCAUCUUUCGACUUUACUCAGAAACCUCUCGCGCACGUCGUGAAGAAACGGAACUCGCCUUUCAGCCCUAAAACAACGAAAUACUUUCCAAGAGCCCUCUUCUUUUCGAAGCGGCGAUCUCAACGCGCAUUGCCCCUUCCGUUUUGGUUUCAGAGCAUUCUCUACAAGCUGCACUGCCUCUCCGGGUCCGCUGUGAACGCUUCGCUUGUCCGACGGAAGGAAAUCACUUUGAAAGGUUUGCUUCAGUCUUCUCGAUUUGCCUUCUUACGCCAGACAACAUGGCAGACAAGGCGGGAAAAGUCUCGUUUAAAAUCACCCUCGCCUCGGACUCCAAGCAGCCUUUCAAGGUGCUCUCCGUCCCCGAUGCCACACCGUUCUCUGCAGUCAUCAAAUUCGCCGCAGAAGAGUUUAAAGUGAGCGCGGCGACUUGUGCGUGCAUCACGAAUGACGGCGUCGGCAUUAACCCUCAGCAGGCGGCUGGAGUUAUUUUUCUCAAGCACGGCGGCGACUUGAAGCUGAUUCCUCGCGACCGUGUCGGCGCUUCUCUCCCUUGAAAAUCCCCUCGGAUGACAGCGACGCACCUGAGAGUGCAACCAGUCUACAAACUGGACCCCUCAGGCGCUUCUCCCUUGUGUCUCGCGUGACUGGAAAGCCUCUGCUUCUCUGUGUCUCCCUUCUCGCUGUUCUCUCAGCUGCGGCUAGUGUUCUCCAGUCUCCUCGCCUUCUUAAACGCAGGCAGGCUCUCUUUGGCAUGCAUGCAGACAGCAGGGAAGUCGACGGCGCGUUCUCUACCGUUUCACUUUCAUUUGCCUUUCUGGAUCGGUUUUGUGGUGAGACGCGACGCAACGUCUUUGCGUUCGCACUAAGCUUUUGUGGGUGAUCGCUCUCAAUUUGAAUGCACUGCCUUCUUCUCGACACACCACCGCUGGCUACAUACAACUCGCGUCCUGGAUCGUUCACAGAAUCCUUCGACGCAGAGGCUGUCCACCUCUGACAUUUUGCGACUCUCCAAGGGUACACGUAUUUACACGGACAGCACGCGUCUUCUUUGCCCGUAGGAAUGAGACAUAGAACUAGACCAACAUCAUGCAGACAGCGUCCAGAAGAGACCAGAAACGACACAGAAAAAGGAGAAAUGCAGCGAUUCUACAUAUUUAGAUCCAUAAAAGUACAUAUAUAUAUGCAUGAAUAUAUGUAGAUAUGCAUAUAUAUAUAUACAUAUAUGUAUAGGAUAGGAGUACGUGGACGCGUUUUUCCAGGGAGGGAAGCAGCUACAGGAGAGAAGAAGGAAGCAAAGAAGCGAGAGUGAAUGUGGCGAGUAUGGGGAAAAGAGGAAGCUCAGAAGAUGCUGAGGAAAAAGUCGUGCAGUGUGUUGGAAUUUCAGGACCUCGCCUGACUCCACCGGAUUCCGACAACGGAAAACGAGUUCUUUUCAGCGUUUCGGCACUUUGGAUUUUCACUCUUUCUUCGCUGCUUCACUCAUCUGUUAGGCGACGCGACUGGCGCGGCUGUCGAAAGUGUGACGAGACAAAAGAAAAUCGACUCAGCUCGUCAAAAAUCCACCCUUCACGAAUUCCAC